AUGGGCGUACUUCAGGACAUCUCGGACGCCGAACAAGGCGGGAAACUUUCCCUCUCAGUCUUUGACAUUGUGAAGCUCUCCGUACUGGGUGUUGUUGCCAUCCCUCUGCUCUGGAUUCUCAUCGACUAUGUUCGGGUUCUUCGACUCCGUCAAAAAUUGCCUCCCGGACCUUUUCCUCUACCACUUUUUGGCAAUUUCUUCACCAUCUCAAAGUACAAGCCCUGGAUUCAGUUUGAACAAUGGGCUCAGUAUUACAACAACCCCAUGACCACCAUCUGGCAAGGUCAUCGCCCUACCAUUAUGUGCAACGAUGCUUGGACCAUCUCGGAGUUGUUGGACAAGAGAGCCAACAUCUAUAGUAGUCGCCCAAGGAUGAUCGCAAUGGGCGACAUAAUUAAUGCAACGGAGAACAACCAAGUCUGUCUCGUGUAUGGUGACCGUUGGCGGCUGCACCGGCGUCUCAUGCACACAGCUGUAGGAUCGCAGGCUGUUAGACCAAUACGGCACAUUCAAGCUCAUGAGUCGAAAAUCUUGGUCCGAGAUCUGAUGGAAAAGCCCGAUGAUUAUGUCCUCUCCAUCGAGCGGUAUUCUACCUCGGUCGUUUCGAUCAUCGGUUGGGGUCGCCGCAUUGACAAGAUCAACGACUACGUCGGACAAAUGGCGCUGAAAGUCAUGGAGGGAGUAGACUUGAUCAUUCCGGGGCUAUUUAUCAUAGAGUCCAUACCUCUGCUGGCGCGACUUCCGAAGCUGUUGAACUGGAUCUAUCCCUGGCCACAAACAGUGUUCCAGUUGUCUCUGCAUGUACAACGAUACUUUGCCGCGCUAUCUAAGGAGGGUACUGGAGCUCUCGAAGACAAUUUUGCGAAACGGCUGUACAGGGAAAAGGAACAGAACGGGCUGGAUGACGCCGAAAUAGCGACUCUGACCUCUAACUUGAUCGGUGGAGGCGUCGACACGACCAGUGGUACCACGAUCGCUUUCCUUCUGGCCAUGUGCGCUUUCCCGGAUGUCCAGCAAAAGGCUCAUGAAGAGCUCGACAAGGUGGUUGGCCAGGAUAGGGUUCCAGACUGGAAUGAUGAGAAUUCGCUACCUUACGUCAAAGCCAUCAUGAGCGAAGCUCUCCGCUGGAGAACCGUCACUAUUCUUGGUGGUAUCCCGCACGCUCCAAUCCAAGAUGAUGAAUAUCGCGGGUAUUCAAUCCCCAAGGGGACUUCUAUCACGGGGAAUGUGUGGGCUAUCCAUCGUAAUCCACGAGACUUCCCGGAGCCCGAUGUCUUCAGACCGGAAAGAUUUCUCGGCGGCCUCGAGCGGCCGUAUCCCAACAAGCAGGGUCACAAUGCCUUUGGAUGGGGUCGACGUGUAUGUAGCGGCCAGCCACUCGCUGAGCAGGGUCUCUUCAUGACCAUCGCUACGCUCUUGUGGGCGUUUGACAUCCGACCGGGUUUGGAUGAGAAUGGAAAUGAGUUGAAGCUGGACACCAGCAUUGAUGCGUUCACCAAGAGUGAGAAUAUGAGAGCUGAGCCUUUCAAGGCACGUUUCAUCCCGAGAUCUAAAGACAUUGCGGAGAUCAUUCUGAAAGAGGCAACUCGUGCCAGGAAAGAACUUACUGUUUUCGACGGCGAGACGAGGUUGACUAUGGAGAAUGUACCUUGAGGUGGGCACUCAACUCUACGGAGCCCGCUUAAUUGACAUGGAUGUUGGAGGCGCUUUCGAAUGACGGCGUAACAUGACAAUGUGCAGACAUUCGCUUUCACUACUCACACGUAAUGUCUGAGGUG